CUCGAUUGCGAGCUACCUACUGGUGACUGACUACAUUCCUGGGCGUGUUCUUAUAUUUGAAACACCACCAUUUGGUGUGACUUCUCAGAGUAUUUCAGAGCGUCUGUCAACUGUUUGCUUGUGAUACUGUUUUACAUCUGAAGGAAUUAAAAACUGGUGCACAGAUGGCUUUACCCACUGAGCAGAUGAUCAGCACAGAUGACACUGUGAGUAAAUGGAAGGCAAUGGCACGACCGUCUUUACCCUCCUCUUUGGACUCCACAUUGCCUGGGAUAUCUCGGGAUGUGCUGUCGGUGUCCAUGGAAUCGAAAUACCAAUGUCAACAGUGUAAAGAGAUCCUGCGGAAACCUUAUCAAGCACAGUGUGGCCAUCGCUUCUGUGUGUUCUGUUUCAAACAACUCACCAGCACAGGGCCGAUACCCUGCGAAGCCUGCCGUUCUGAGGGUAUAUUUGAGGAGACGAUUUCUAUGCUCAAUAUAACAGUGGCAUUUCCUGACAACGCAGCACGCAGAGAAAUUGACAGCUUGCCUGCUAAAUGUAAUAAUGAAGGCUGUAGUUGGACUGGAUCACUGAAAGACUAUGAGAGUCAACAUGAAGGUCGCUGUGACUUUGAGCGUGUCAAAUGUGAAGCAUGUCAGGCACUCAUCUUGCUCAGCGAGAAAGACCGUCACAAUGAACGCGAGUGUGAAGCCAGAACGCUCAAUUGCAAAUAUUGCAAAGUCACAUUUAACUUCAAGGAAAUUAAGGCACAUGAUGAAAUAUGUCAAAAGUUUCCCAUGCAGUGCAAAGACUGCGGCAAAAAGAAAAUCCCCAGAGAAAAGUUUCAAGAGCAUACCAAAUCUUGUGCAAAGUCCAAAUCAGCGUGUCAGUUCAGUGAGAUCGGGUGCAGGGCAGUGGUGGACAAUGGUAAGCUGCAGGAACACGAGCAGACGAGUGUCAUGGAGCACCUACGUCUCAUGUUGGGGGUUUUGUCCUCUGUGAGGUUGCGUGCUGAGGGUGGUGGAGAGUGGCAGGAGGAUUCCGGGUUGGGAUUGUAUCGCGGACCUGAAGAUGCACUUCCGGCGGGAGCCCAUGUCGCAGCGCAUAAUUCAGGAAGAGGAGGCAGCCCGGGUGUGCAGCAGAAAGUGACCGCAUUGGAAAACAUAGUCUGCGUGCUGAAUCGAGAGGUGGAGCGCACGGCCCUCACCCUGGAAGCGCUUUCACGCCAACAUCGACUGGACCAGGAGAAAAUUGAGAACUUGUCGAACAAGGUGAGACAGCUGGAACGUACUUUAACCAUGCGAGACCUGCAGUUAGCAGAAUCCGAGCAGUCAUUGCGGGAGCUGCAGUUUUGCACAUACGAUGGAGUUUUCAUAUGGAAAAUAGCAGACUUCUCUCGCCGCAGACAAGAUGCAGUGGGUGGCCGAGCACCUGCUAUGUUCUCACCUGCUUUCUACUCCAGUAAAUAUGGGUAUAAGAUGUGUCUGAGACUUUAUCUUAAUGGUGACGGCACAGGCAGAGGUACACACCUCUCUCUCUUCUUUGUGGUCAUGAGGGGCAAAUAUGAUGCACUCCUAAAGUGGCCCUUUAGCCAAAAGGUGACAUUAAUGCUUUUGGACCAGAACAAUAGAGAGCACAUCAUCGAUGCCUUUAGACCUGACGUGAGUUCCACUUCUUUUCAGAGGCCCAUCAGUGAGAUGAAUAUAGCCAGCGGCUGCCCUCUUUUCUGCCCCCUUGCCAAGCUAGCGGGUAAAAGCUCCUAUCUGAGAGAUGAUACAAUAUUUAUUAAAGCCAUAGUGGAUCUCACUGGCUUAUAAAUUAUUAUAAUAAUCCAAUAUUGAGAAUAAUAAUAUCAUCAAGAAUGAUCAUUAUCUAAUAAUAACACAGCUGCGGAAGCCUAUUAUGUUUAAUAUAUGAAAUAUAAAAAUAUAUUAUAAAUGGUGUAUACUAUAAUUAUCAUAUUUACACAAAAACUAAUUCCUUUCUAUAAGAUUAAUGAUACAUUUUUUAUAUUAUAUAUUAUAUUAAAUCUAUACUGAACAUUAUAUUAUAUAUCUAUAUUGAACAUUAUUAUUGUCAUUGUAAGUUAGUCUAGUUAAGCAUUUGUUUAUGCUCAUACUACGCUUAUAUAAACUGAAUACUAAUUAUUCAGGACACUUAUCAAUCACCAAGCUCCUACAAAGGAACUGAAUUGCCUUGUGCAAAAUAUGAAUGAUUCAUCAAUAACUGAUAACAAUUCUACUAGCUAGUAACAAACCAGCAGCUAUCCCAGAAAACCAACAUAUGUACAUCUUGAUUUAUCAACGAUUUUAUUCAUUGCUUGACCGCUCCACCUAUGAACAUCAUUUGAGUAUGGCUUUGACUUCUUUUUAUCUGGGCUUGAAAAUUAAAUAGCUACACAAUUUAGAAUAGAUGUAGAAAUUUGAUCUGCUUCAAACCCUUAUAAAAAGAAACUAGCAUAAUGAUUUAUUAUUAUAACAUAAGUGAUGGGUUUAUAAUUACUAAAUCCUGGUUUAUUAAAAAUACUUUUUGAUCAAAUGGAUUAUUGGACACAAAAAUAAAAUAGAAAAAUUAAACUAACAGUAGAAUUGACCCAUAGAAUUUAAUUAAUGAAUAAAGAAAUGUCAAAAUGUAUCUGUAAAUUAGACAUGAAUUUAUUAAAGCAAUAAGUCCCAAGAAGCAGUGGGUUACCUCCGCUUCGCGUCUUGCCUAACAAAGCCCCUUAGCUGUUAUAAAAUGCACUGUAACCCCACUGCUUUGCGGGACUUAUUGCUUUUAUAAAAUGGUUACUUCAUAUACAUAGCAGGAUUUCAUAAAAUAAAACACAAAUAAGAUGUUAUUAUAUUAGUACAAAUAUUACUCUUCCGCCAAACAAAGUAGUUCCUCAGAAUCAAGAGCGCAGUUCACAACCAACACAGACGCAGCAAAGACACAAUGAAAAUAUGAUUUAAGACUGUGGUGUUUAUUUUAUAAAUCAACAUUCAUCUAAUUUAAUUUAUACAUUAACAUUUAUAUCGUGCAACUGUUGAAGUGAUGAUCAAAUAUGCUUGGAAGCAUGCUUAACUCUUUCCCCGUCAGCGGUUUUUUUUUAAGUUGCCACCCAGUUUUAGUUUAAUGCCUUGCAGAAAAAUUAUCUUCUUUAAAUAAACAUAAAAUAUCAAAUGAAAGAACAGACCAUCCGCUUUCAAACAACAACAACGAAAAACCGUUUCAUCCUACCUUCAUUUGUUCUCUUAUCAGUUAUCACCUCUCAACUUUUCAGCUAAAAGAUAAUUCAAUUUUUGUGAAGAACUUUUGUAAGAGAUCAGUUUCAGAGCCAUCAAAACUUACACGUCGCGCUAAAUCCACCACAACGCUGUUGUGUCGAGUGAAUGCGUCAGUGUUUAAGUUGGGUAAGAUUGCCAUCUAGUGGAUAAUAGCGGAAAUAUCAAUUGAAGACAAAAACAACUCGGAGAACGUUUUCUCUUUCUUGACGGAAUGACUCAACAAUAUCUAUGACAUUUAUCUGGAAAUCGCCAUAAUUGUGCAAAUGUAGAAAAAUUAAAAUAUGAUUAAAGACUGUGGUGUUCAUAAUUCAGUACUCCGCAACAGUGGCGCAGUGAUACUUAUGUAAUGCGGACUGAACCGUGGGUUUACUAGUCAUUCGUAUGCUUGAAUAUAAUAUUGUAGUACAAUCUUUAAAAUCUGUCUUGAAAACAAACACAAUAUUCGUUCAUGAUAGUUUAAUAGAUUGAGUUCUUGAUAAAUUAAGUAUUGACAAGAGAUAACCUUUUUGAGUUAAAUUGAUUAACAAAUGUUGACAUUAAUAUUUUACUAUCAGUAAUAAAUGUUGUAGUAGUGUUCAUCUAUUGUUGGGUUAUGUUAACAAAUUUUAACAAAUUGUGCCGUAAUGUAGAGUUAUUGCAUAUGUGGUUAUGGUUUUAGAUUUAAUGAACUUUUUGAUUACGUUUUUCUUGAUAUUUUGUAUUUUGUGAGUGUAAGUAAAUGUAUACCAUAUUUAUGCAAAUUACUUGUCUUUGAAUAGAACAUCACAUUGCAUGUCAAACUAUAAAAUCUUUUGCAGUAUAUUGAAAAAUUAACAAUUAUAAUAUUCUUAUAAUUUUAUAACAUUCUUCUAUUUAUCGUGUGCUUUUUGUUUAAAAUGCUAAAUGCAAUAAACAUGAAUAAAUAAAUGUCUCUAAAAAGUGUG